UGUUAUUUCCUGGUGUAUAUAAGGUGUGUAGUGGUUCCUAGUGUCGGUGCAAGCAUCAUUCAUCUCUCGCCAUGAUCUCCUUUGUCGGUCUCGUUGUGUUAAUCUGCGCGGUCGCUAUCAACGCCGAUCCGCAAUGCAAUGUCGUGAUAAAAGGUGACAUAACAACCAGCGUCCACUUUAACUUGGAACCAGUUUAUUUGCAACCGUCUGUCCGCGACUACAAAGUCACUAUUCCGCAUCUUGCACAGUGCACAAACGGAGAAUCUGGUGUUAAAGCAAUAAUCUGCGAUGAAGAUGUGGCACCCGAGGGCAAACUUUUAGACUUGUACACUUUAAUCGUAAAUCGUCGUGGUAAUCUGCAAUCUGUUGGUACUGUUUUAAUUACAGUAUAUUGUAUUUAGACCGCGGUCAUACAGCCCUUGACAAUCUUUCUAUUUUACUAUGUAAAAACACGAUUCGCUAUCAACAGCUGACGUUUGUACUAAUUUAAUUUGUUCACCUAAAUUAAACACUGCUAUUAACUCUUUUGAAUUGUCGAGUUCUAUAAAAUUUAUUUCGUUUCAA